CUUCAGUGUCCGGGGCACAACCGUCUAUGUCUGUCUCCUUGUGGACACAGCAGAGCCACUGUACAUAUAACCCUCCCCAUCCGCCCCACUUGCCCUGAAUGAAGCCCACUGACUGCCCAAGGGACAAAUAGAGAGGGAGAGGACAUCUGCCUCCUCUGCCUUAGCUUCCCAAGGGUCCCCUGGCUCUGCAACGGGUCCUGGGGAGAGGGAGAGAGAGGAGAGAUAAAGGGUUAAACCUAGGGCGUCAGAGGAGAGAGACUAAGAGCUCUCAGCUUCCUAGCUGCUCUCCUCUGAUGCACAAGUUCACCAGAAGAAACCCAGAGGGAAUUCACAUAGUCCCAGAACCACAUUUAUUGGGCCUUCUCUGAGGAAGUAAGAGAAAUAUUCUUCAAACCACAGCUCCUAAUGGGUGGGGGGUGGGUGCACCCAGAGACCAGAGCACACAAGGAAAAAAGCCGUGGAUAAAGCUGGACCCAAGCAGACUUCAGAAGGUCCUUGCAUCCCUCCUGAGCUCCAGGAUCCCUCGAAGGAGGUAGAUGGUCUGGGAAGGAACGAACAGAACCGAAGGUCACCAUCCCAUCUGUCCUGCCUUCCUCAAGAGCCCUGUAGGCUCCCUGCUGCAAGCCUUGACUUUUUACAACCAUCAAGCCUCCUGUCCAUCCUGCAGCUUUCCUGGAAAGUCAAAGGCUACUCUUUGGAGAUACAGAAUUAGAGGAAGAUGACUUUUUUUUCUCUCCUAAAAGUGCUGAUGUUUCUUUUUAACAGCAUCAUAUUUUUUGGGGGAUUAGGACUACUGGGCAUUGGUUUGUGCUUGAAAAUAGAUGGAAGUGCCCUUACUGAUUUUCUGGGGGCUUCCGUCUCAUCAUUCACUCAACUGAUGGUUAUCAGAUAUCUCUGCAUUAUCAUUGGAAGCAUCCUCUCGUUCCUUGGAUUCUUGGGCUGCUGGGGAGCUGUAAGGGAAAACAAGAGCUUGCUGUUGCUGUUCUUCGUCAUCAUAUUGAUCAUCUUCCUGGUCAAGAUAGCAAGUGCUAUUAUCAUCCUGGCCUUCUCCUCAAUUGCAAACCUGCUGUUCGCACAUAUUAAUUCCCGGGCAGUCAGCUCGCUACAGGAGGACUAUGGCAAGCAUGAAGAAAUCACAAAGAUGUGGAAUAACACCAUGCAAGAGCUGAAUUGCUGUGGAUUUAACAACUAUACUGACUUCAAUGGCUCCAAAUACCAGGAUCAAAAUGGUGGCUUUUAUCCUGUCUUUUGCUGCAAAGGAAAUUUUCUUUGCCGGGAGCCUGACAUUGCUGAUGACAAGAAGGGAUGCUUGUAUAAACUGAAGAGAUCCCUGCAAAAGAACAAAAAGUUGAUUGGAGGUGUUGGUUUGGGAAUUUUAAUCUUUGAGGUGGCAGCCAUGGUGAUCUCCAUGAUCCUAUUUUUCAAAAUUGAUGAUCUUUCAUAUGACUGAGAUCUCUGCUGGUACUGCCUCCCUCCCUGCUGUGAGAACCUCACACAUCUAAGCGAUGAUAUUUACUGCAUGAAAAAUGCUACUUUGUAUUAAUAAAUAAUGCUAUGUAUUCAGCUUAGAGCAGCAAAGCCUCACGGGCUGAAGAAUGGGUACCAUGCAUUUCUUUUCACCAGAUAAUGGACAUUGAUGGAAUCUGAUGUCCAUUCUCUAUGACUGGAAAAUUGUAAGAGUUUUCUUUUACUAAAAGUUAUUAACAUCAUUUAAACAUCAUCUUCUUAAAAACACACACGCACAGUAUAAUGGAGCUAUCUCAAACAUUCUCUUGGACUGGAAAGUGUUCUUGUGUGCCUUUUCUUUGGACUUCUGGAAAGUUCAAAGUCUAGUAAAGGAAUAUCAGUGGGUGCUGACCGGCAUCUUCUGGGUGUAAUGAAUGGGCUUAAUUUCUA